CAAGGAUUUCAACGACUGAACUGGAAACGGGUGUUUUUUCUCCUUACAGUGAGCAAGCUGUGCAGUGUUUGCGAGCGCGGUUGUUCAGUGAGCGCAUAGCAUGGCUGAUGACGUUUUCAGUUCCACAAAAGUGAACCUGUAAAUACACACUAAAUAGGCCCAAUGAAUCAACUCGUCUUUCAUACACUGAAAAGUCAACUACUGACACGUAGAGACAACAUGCAGGUUUACUGCUUCGUUGACAGAGAGUAACUAUGGCAAUAUCACCUUUACGUUUUAGAUUCUGUAAAUGUGUUUCCGAUGAAGAAGCAUGCCCGUCGAGCUGUAGAUAAGAGAAGAAGUAAUUCAGCCAGGAAAAUUUUCUUCAGAGUUGCCUGAAUCAGUUCCAUGGUCUCCUUUUCCAUCACGUUUUUCUUUGUUGAUGUUGUUGAUUUUACAAAAAGUUGGCGUGAUAGUCUAGCCUUUGCAGCCUUACUACAUCGACAUUAUCCAAAUCUGAUUGAUUUUGAUGAAAUUCGUUGUGUUGAUAAUUCAGAAGUACGAUUAGAUAUUGUCUUUCAACAAGCUAAUUUACAUUUAGGCAUACCUAUACUAAUUAAAUCUAGAGAUUUUAUACAAACAUGCUGGUUAGAGGAACGCUGUGUACUGACAGUUGUUGCAACAUGGUAUCGAUGGUUAACCACUUCACAUAACACAAAAUUGUCAUGUGAACGGGUGAACAAGGUGAUUCAACAAAGUUUCACUAUAAGUCAUAGUAUAUCAGACUAUAUUAAACAUGCAAGACGAUGGUUGAAAUGGUGUAGUGUUCAUAAUAAACUGUUAAAUCAAUUACUAUUUAAACUGGAAGCAAAUGAUAAAAGCAGAAAUGAAUUGGACGUUAGACAGGAAUUACAAAAUCUGUUGACUUGGAGAUAUAAAGAAAGAGCAGAUAAAAUGUCUGACUUAGUUCACUUGGAGACACUUCUAAGUGAAAUUCAUACUAGUCAACUAGCCGCAUCACAUCGAUUAUUCAAACCUCCAAGUGGUUUUCAUUUAAGUGAUUUAGAGGAAUCAUGGAAAUCUUUAACUAUUGCUGAACAUAACUGUCAUCUAGCUAUUAUAGAUGAAUUACUUCAACGAGAAAAUCUAGAAAUUUUAGGCCAAAAAUAUGAACGCAAAAUUGAACUAUGUCUCAGCUGGUUACAAGAGAAUAUUCAGAUUAUGAACAUCGCAUCAAGUACAGAAGAUGUAAAAAUUUUGGAACAAAUGAAUUCAUUUGAAGAAUACUUCAUGACUAUUAGUGGUAAACAACAUCAAGGAUUUCAUCAAUUCUCUCAAAAUGAUCUCAUAACUUAUCGGCAUCAAAUUACAUCAUCUAGACAUAAACACGCUGCCUUAAUCACGGAUACAGAAACUUAUGUCAAUUUAAAACUACAAAGACUACAUGAAAUCUUUAAGGUUUUAACAUCAUCAGUGAAUCAAAGUCAGUGUGAUAAAUACAAACGACAAUGGAAUAUGAUCUUAGAAAGAAAUCGACAAUUACAAGAGAAAUUAUUAAGUCGUGAAAAUUAUUUGAAAUUGUGUCAGGACUGGUUGGAUCUCUUGUUACAGUUAAAUGAUCAACUACACAAAUUUGAGAGUAAAAUGCUUCAGUUGAAAUAUUUAACUGAGAUGAAUCAAACUAAUCCUGUUGAUACAUGCUUAGAUCAGUUUCAAAUUGAUAUGAAUCAGUUAGUGAUAUGGAUAGAAUCAGUUAAAGACUUGUUAAAUACUAUAAAGGAUGCAGAGAAUAGACAUUUUGAUGAUAACACUGCUCCAAUAAGUCAUCUACAAAUAAAUAUAUCAAAUAGUUUAAAUUAUAUCAUGCUGUAUCAUUCAAACCUUGAGAGGAAUUUAUUCGAGACAAGUCAAUGGAAUGCAGCAGUCAAAAAUGUAUAUCGUUUACUAAAUGAGAUAAAUGAAGAACAGUUGUGGAUUAAAGAUCAAGAAUUCUCAAUUACUCCUCCUAACGUUGAGAAAAGUGAUCUAGCUGAACAUUUUUCUGAAUUUAGCAAAAGAACGCAUCAAGUGCGAAGAGAAUCACGUCUGCUUGUUAAUGAACUUCAAUUACGAUAUGGAAUUAACCAUUUUGAAAGUCCAUUUUUAUUGUCGGACAGCAGUCUAGGUGAACAGUUACAUAGGAUUGUUUUUGAAUUAAGUACAAAAAAUUUCAGUCAAAUGAACAUAAAUGAUGUAAUGGCACUGAGUACUGUUAACGUCAUGCAACUGAGUGGAGAACCGUAUCUUGAAGAAAUCGAACAGUUAAACAAGUGUAUAUUGAUAAAGCUAUAUGAAGAUAUUCUGAAGUCUGUCCAAGAAUUGUUUACACAGAGCAAUACAUCAAUCCCUAUAGAUACUAACACAAUCACUACAAGCAUUCAAGUGAUACCUAUUGAAGAACGCAGGAUGAAGUCUGAAGAGUUUAUAAAUUUACUACAACGACACUGGAGUAAAUUACUCGAAGCUAUCAAAUCAAUAAAUACCAAGUUAAUUCAACACACUUGUUAUCUAAAUGCAUUACAUAGUUUAGUCAUAACUGAUCUGAGAAUUGAAGAAGCUAAUCUGAGAAUAUGUGAAACAUAUAACAGUGUUAACUCUAUGAUAAUGCUUAUUUCCAAUACUGAGGAUUCCAGUGAUUCCUUUGAAUAUGAAUCAUUAGUGAAAUACAGUAAUGCCGAAACUCAAGGAGUCAAACAAGAAGCUUUUCGACAAAAAGCUGCUGACAUAGCUGAGCAUAAGGCUCUUACUGUUGAUAAGGAAAUUGUAAUUAAUUCAACUUUAAGACAAAUGGAUCAUGUCAUUGAACAACUCAAAUCGUUUCCGAAACAUCUGAAACAACUGAGAACUGAGGUCUAUGCUUUCUUGCCAUCAAAAUCAGCUUUAGAUGAGAACGAUCAUACAGAAUUUCUACGCCUGAAAACUGAGUUGGCUAAACUCAGUGCGUCAAGGAAACUGAUUAAUCAGUGUUCACUUUCGUCCGUUCAAUCCAUAGAUGAUGAUCAUGAAAAAGAUAGCAGUAUCAAUCUCAGCGAUAAUGUUUCAAUAACUGGUGCACCAACUGUCAGUUCUUCAUUUCAAGAUGAAGUUAUUUCUAUCGCACACAAACCUAAUGUCGAAGAAGAAGGAGAAGGGGAAAAUAAAAACCAAACCACUGAGGGUUUUUUAUCCAGUAAAUCGGUGGAACUUGAAGUAAUCGAAGAUCAAAUUAUGUCGUUAUCUGAUGAAUCUGUAGGAGAUAGAAAAGCAUUCAUAUCUACCCUAUCUAAAUCUCCAAAUGAAGAGUUUAGAGAUGAUGGGGAUAAUGGAUAUUGCGAAAAAAGCUACAAGACUCCACUUAAUUCUCCCGAAGCACAUGAAUUAAAUAUUUUGUUGCUACCACAUAUUUCAACAAUUGCGUAUCACUUACUGAAUCGUUUACAUUUUAUUCAUAUGCAUUUGGAAGAUUACUUGAAGGAUUCUUUGAGACAAAGAGACACUUUGGAAAUCAAGCGGAACGUUUUUCGUCUUAUUGACAAUAUUACAUCAUUGGAGAAUUGGAUUGAAGAUAAGGAAAAACUUUUAUUGACUUUCAAUCCUCCAAUAUAUCCUUCUUUGGCGUUUAUUAAAUCUUUACCAAAACCAAGCCCAAUUACAAUUACAAAAGAAAUCAUUCAUUCCCUAUCUCAACUAUCUGUGCAAGCCUAUAGGUUUAAAACGUUUGAAAAUGAACUAAUAAGUCAUGCAAAUCUAAGACUCAGUGAAAUUGGAAUGCUUGAUCAAGGUCUGCGUGAUACUUUAGGUAAACUUGACAAAGAAAAGGAUAUCGAUAUCUUUCUUUUUAUUCAAACCACAAUCAAAUUAAACUUAUCGAUAGAUGAGGAUGCUGAUGAAGAAGAUGCAGAGGCAAAAAGUGAGUUCAUCGACGAAAGCCAGGAAGAGGUUCCAUCUGAUGAAGAAAACAAACAAAAGCAUGAUGCAAUUGUAUGUUACAAGAAGAUUGACUACUUUGAUACACAUGAGGGUGAAGAAGUCAAAGGAAAGGAAAAAAAGAGUGAUAUCACUGUCUUCAAAUCAAGAUAUUCAAAACUAUUAGAUCAUGUAACUAGAAAGUGGCAAAGAUUAAAGGUUUUAAUCGAUUCACGGCAUGAGCGGUUUGAGUUAGCGGCUAACUUAUCAAAACACCAUGCUUUAUGCCAAAGUACCAAAGAAUGGAUAAUACGUAAAAGAGAAUUACUGAUUUCAACGGAUGAUUUAGGCACAGAUUUAAAUAGUGUCAUGCAGUUGCAGAGAAGACUUUUAGGAUGGGAAAGGGAUUUCAGUGCUUUGCAGGCUGAAAUUGAAAAUUUAAUUGUUGAAAGUGAAAAACUGAUGAAGGCAUUAGUGGAAGAAGCUCCACAAAGAAGGGAUUUGUAUCUCACGUCAGGUGAACUGUAUGCAUCAAAGGAAGUUGGUGAACUGAGAAUAGAACUGAAUAAAGAAUGGGAGCUGCUGCAGUUGGAGCUAAGAAAUCGUCAAGAUAAAUUGCUUGCUUCCGCUGAACUACAACAGUUCUUUCAGGGCCUGGAUGACAACCAAUUAUGGUUGCGCAAUAUUGAAAUGAAUGUAGCUACACACCAAAUACCUCAAUCUGUCGAAGAAGCAAAAAUCGAACUUGAUCUACACAAAGAAUUAGGUGAACAGAUUUUGGCACGUAAAGAGGAAUUUGCCGAUUUAAUCAGUUAUGGACGAUGUAUCACAGCAGGGGAAACAGAUACACACUAUGUACAAUUAGAUCAACGUCUAGACAGAUUAGAAAACGGAUGGUCUGAGUUAAUGCAGAUGUGGACAUAUCAACAAAAGCUCCUCAAACAGGAUGUUCAAAUUCAGACUUUCUUUCGUGAUGCUCAUUCAUUUGAAAAUAUGCUAUCAACGCAACAAAACAGACUAAUGAGCUAUCAACUGCUAAAACAGAAGGAUACAACAACAAUUCUUUCAUCAUUGGGAAUACAAAAUGAAAUCAUUCAAUGCUUAGUCGCAGCUGAAGAGUCGUUGAACAACCUAUGUGAUAUAGGAGGUGAACUGGUAUCUGAACGAGUAUAUUCAAUGGAUAAAAUACAAAAUAAAAUAUUCUUCAUAAAAAACGGAUAUAAUAUACUACUCAAUGAGGCUCGUACACAAAUGGAUGCAACUAAGGAUAUGAUAGCUCUUCGAGAAGAAAUGCAACAAAUUCAAAUGCUUCAAGAAUGGUUGAAAGAAAAGAAAGAAAUCAUCGAAGAAUGGGAUGAAGCUGGUAUUUUGUCGAGAAGGGAUUCAAUGAUCCCGUACAGAAUGUUUGUAAGUCGACAAUAUGCUCAACAUCGUUUAUUGGAAAGUGAACUUGAGUCAAACAACGAACGGAUUAAACAAAUUUUUCAAGCUGUAGUGAAUACAAUUGUUCAGCAUCCACGUAUUGCAGAUCAGUUAAGCGAAGCGCUCGGUGAAUUAAUGACUCUGUGGGAGAAUUUACGUGAACUGAUGCGGGAGAGAGGAGCAUUUAUGGUUCAGCUACACAGAGGUGUCAUAUUCGAAGAUGGGUGCAGUGAAUUAAAUCGUUGGUUGGAUAAAUAUUUUUUGAGAGUUCUCACACGCAGACCUCCUGACAGUUUUGUAAAGUUUCGACAGGAACAUACUGAUGAAGAUCCUUUCGUGGUGGUUGACAAUUUGUUGAAAUAUUUAACAGACGAAUUUGAUUUGACAACAAAUGGCGAAGUAGAACCCGUGGAUAAAAUGCUAGACAACCUUUUACAGAACCGAUAUAUGCAGCAAAGCUGGACAAAAAGAGCUAAUGAGUCAGCGUGUACCAGUAUGAAUGAAGUUAGCGUACAUUUAAACAAAAUUACUGAAUAUUUGAGUGAACUUGAUUCAAAAAAGAAGCUGUUAGCUGAACUUCAUGAACAUUCAAAAGUACUGUCAAGUCUUGACAGUCAGAAGAGUAAACCUGAGGAGUUGAAAGCACAGAAGCAUAUUCAUCAACUCUAUAGAGACUUAGAAGAUGAAAGAAUAUGGACAAAUGAAAAACUUCUGCUUGCCAAUGAUACCUUUAUAGGUAGAUCUUUGUUUACUGUAAACCAGCUGAUUAGACAACAUCGCCUCUUGCUGAAUGAGGUGACUAACAGGACAAAACGAACAGAUAUUAUGCUUCGGGACUCGGACCAAAUUAUAAAAGGAUUUCAGCACAUAUUUGAAAAGGUUAUCAAUACUUGUUGUGCAACAAGUCAAUCGUCGAACGAUAAAGUGUCACGCGAAAGGACAACUAAUGACGAAGACGGUCAGUUCACAGAAGUAGAGUUGUCAACCGAUAUUGGUGUCCACUAUCGAAUACCCAGAAAAAUUCUGAAUGAUUUACACACAUCGGUUAAUGAGCUACGUUAUGAUUUAAACAAUUUGGAUAGCAGACUGAGUAAACGUACAGAUCGUUUGAAUAUAGGCUAUCAGUGUUUCAUGCAUCUUGCUGAGUUCGCUGAGUUACGCGGUUGGUUACAAGAAUGUGAAGAUCUACUGCUGUUAGAAUCCAGAGCUAGUCGAGAUACAAUAACAGCGAAAACUGAGUUGAAAAAGCAUGCCAACAUUGAAUUCCGAGUGAAUAAUUUACUGGCGAAUUGUGUUCGAGAAUUCAAUGAAAAAUCACUGAAAUUAUUGAGUGAGUUUUCGGAGAGGAAAAAUGGAUUAAAGAAUCAACUUGAUUCAAUUCAGACAAACGAAAAUUUAAGAAAGAACGCUAAACAACCUCCGCAAUCUGUGCUUCCUCAUACAACGUUUACUGACGGUUCAUCUGAGAAUCUGGUGACUCGUCGUGAACUUCGUGGGCAAAUUAAACAAAUAAGGAAACGGAUUCAAGUUAUACAAUCAAUUCAACAAAUAAUGGAUCGUCAGUAUGCAAGUCUAGUUGACGUUUGUGUUCAGAAAAGGCAAAGGUUGGAAGAGAUUUUAGCCUUGAACAUUGUCUACGAAGAGGUAGCUGAUUUAAAGAACUGGCUGAAUCAACAAAUUAUUAUGGCUUCAUCGACAUACACUGGUCGCAAUCUCAACGAAUGCGUGCGCAUAAUCAAUCGGUUCGUCAAUUUUGGUGAAAAUCUUCUAGGUGAAUGUUUUGCAAGGUUUGUAGAAGGAGAACUACGCUCACUGGAUCCUAUUUCACUAUCACCUGAAUUCACCGUGAAUAUAACUGAUCAGUUUGUACACUCACCAGGUUUUGCUGUUGAACGCAUUGCAAGAGUAAUGAAUAUGUGCCGAUGUUUGAUAUGUACAAAACAUUCGGAUUCACCACGUAUUGCAUUUUGGCAAGACAUUCUACUAGAAACGUGGGCUGAUUUACGUGAAUUAAUUCAUUCCAGAGUGAAGUUGCUAGUCUCUACUGCUCAUCGAUUUAUAUUCAUCACUCGCUGUUCAGAAACUCUUAAACUGGUUCAGGAGAAAUUCGACCAAUUAUCACAGUCAACUGGCAAGGAUGUUCAAGUCAUUUGCAAACAAUUGUCACUGUUGUCUGCAUUCGAACAGGACGUACAAGCCCUGCAACCAUUGGUGAAAUGGGUAGAAAAUGCAGCUGACUGCCUUCUUCCCCUAUAUUCUGGACAAUGGAUUAAACGAUUGAGGCAACCACGUGAUAAUCUCCUUUCUCUUUGGUGUCAACUUAGGCAAAGAACUAAGCUACGUCGAAUAAGAUUGAAACGUGCCAUCGCUUUAUAUCGUUGGAUAUCAAAUUUGGAUAUUCUGUUCAACUGGAUCCAACAUUGUCAAAAGGAAUUAGAGCGUAUUGAAAUGGAUAUAUGGAAUGUGAAUUUGCAAACAAUGAUAAGGAAUACUGAUAACAUAACUACUGAGAAUAUCAAAUAUGCCAUUGGCCAGACACUUCAGUUACGUGCAGAAUUGAACGCACGACAAGAUAAGGUUAGAUCAUGUUUGGAUGAAGGUAAACAACUCAGCAUUUCAUUUCAACGACAAGAGAAACAGUAUUUUAAGUCAAAUAGUCAACAGUCUCUUCGGUCAGGUGAAAUAUCGCCACCGAAUAUACUCAUUACAACCGAGAUCCAACAGCAAACUCCCACCUCAAUUGGAGGAGGAGAAGAAGAACAGCACACUACUAGCAGCUUAACCAAAACAGGUCAGAAAACACCAAUUGUAGAUACUUCUGUUAAAAAGGAAGAUACAGAUAGUGAAGUUAUACCUGUUCGACCAGAAUAUUUUGACUGUCACUUGAAAUCUGUGAGAAUAAACGAGAAGCAUGAACAAAAGUCAGACGCGUCAUCAUUAAGUCAGACUACUGUACAGAUUGAUGACCAUUUUGAUGAUGAGAAUGAUCAAAUAAUUGAGGAUCUUCAACUGCGGAUGACACAGCUGCUAACAUCAUGGCACAGUUUGCAUAUAAAGUGGCAUCACAUAUACAGACGACUAGAGUUACAACUUGGCAUCAAUGAAUUUGCCAGUGUUGCAGAUUCGUUAGAACACUGGCUCGUACUUCAUUCAUCAGAAGUGGAGAGUCUGGACACAGGUGAUUCAAUCAAGGAAACGCUAACUUUGAUUGACCGACUUGACAUACUGGAGCGCAAUUUUCUACCACAAAAUGAAAGAUAUGAAAGGGUUAAACAACUCACAAAGUUCGAACUAAUUGAUAAAGGGGAAAAUUUGAUGAAUCAACCAAUAAGCUGUGUGAAUAUAAGUCACAGUUCGGACAUGGAGGAAUUGGAAACACUUUUGUACCACUAUGGAUUAGUCAGAAGUCGAGAAUUGAAUGAUCAGACUGAUCCUCUGAGAAAUGAAGAAAGAAGUGACUGUGAUUUGCGAGAUAUCACUGAAUUAAUGGGGCAUAAUGGCAAAGUUAUGGAAAACCAAACAACUUUCUUCCAAACCAUCAGUGACUACUUAAUGAGAAAACAUGAGUGGAGCAGUCGUAACUGUAAGUCUCGUGAUCGUUCAUGGUAUGAAUUAUUCAUGGUACUGAAUAUGUCAGUGAGGCAGUUAUUAGCCUAUAAAGCGAAAUCAGAUUAUGAUGAAAAUAAUCCACAGCGAAAUACCUUUCACGGGGAGAUGGGACUACUUGUCGGUCCGAACUUGAUAACUGCUAGUGAAACGUUGGAUUAUACCAAACGACCAAAUACAUUUCGUGUCACUGUCACACACACUGGAGCCCAGUAUCUAUUUCAAGCUCCAAGUGCGGAAAUCAUGCUGAAAUGGAUCAGUUCAAUUCAAAAUAUCAACCAAAAUACAAGACUGGAAUCACGUCCGACCUUAAUCACUUUAUCUCGACCAUCUGAAGAACUUGGAAGUCCUAUGGUAAUUAUCAACUUCCAGGGCACUCCAACAACUUCAAAAAAGUCAACUUUGACACAAAUCUUUAAAUCAAAGACAACACAACAAAUUUCUUGUAUACGUAGACAUAGCUCAGAUCAGAAUAAUGAUGUCAAAGACUUCGUUGAAAAUUUAGAUUCUUCACAAAUUGGGAUAAGACGAUUCCCUUCAGUGCGCACAAUGAAAGCGUUAUCUGCAAAACAAUUGAUGCGUUGGCUAACUUUUAAGUAUUCUUCUAUUUCUUGCACAUCUUUCCCUGCAAGUCAUCAAACUUCUACUCUGCUGAGAAGUAGUACAUCACACGAUGUUGAAAGGGAACAGCCUUAUCAACAGCCUAUUCCAUUGUUACGUAAAAGUCAUACAUCAGGCUCACUUCAUAAGAUAAGCAAACUUUCAGUAUCAGCGAAGUGUCAUCAGGAAAUUUAA